ACAAGGCUGUCAGAAGAGACACCAGGAGACUGACGAGCAUGGACACAACAUCUUCAUUUAUCAAAUCGGUGACCAAGCGAGUGUGGUCUCCACCUCAGCGUCCCUUCAGAGUCUGUUGUCAUGACAGGGGGACCAGGAAGGGCAUCACAGCCGGGACCCUGGAGGAGCUGAAAGAGAGGGUAUGCCAGGCUUUGCGGCUGUCCCUGUCUGCAGUGUCUCUGUCUCUGGUUUGCGAGGAGGACGGUACGGAGGUAGACUCCGAAGAGUUCCUCAUAACCCUGCCUGACAACACCACGCUCAUGGCCCUGGAGCCGAGACAGACGUGGACACCACAGCCCGGUGCAGUCGUGUCCAAAUCUCAGGAGCACAACAAGCCUCGGACUGGGAGAGACAUAGCUCGUGUCACCUUUGACCUUUACAGGAUAAGCCCAAAGGAUGUGUUUGGCUCCCUGAAUGUGAAGGCCACAUUUCAAGGCCUGUACUCUGUGAGCGCUAACUUUGAAUGUCUGGGGCCCAAGAAAGUGCUCAGAGAAGCCCUGCGCGUCGCCUCCACCCUGCUGCACGCCGCUGGACACCUGCUCAUCACAUCCGCCUCCAUGAUCCGCCGCAUUAUCGAAGGCGCUGAGCUUUGGCACCCACAGAGGACGGAGUACACGGCCAGCUUGAACUGA